AUGGCUAGAUCCAUCAUUGAAGAAGCCGAGCGUCGUGGCACGCUGAAGCCUGGUAUGACAGUCGUCGAAGCUACUGGUGGCAGCACUGGCUCUUCCCUUGCCUUCAUCUGUUCAGUGAAGGGUUACCGGUUUCGAGUGGUUUCAUCGAAUGCCAUUGCAGUUGAGAAGCUGCGCACUAUGAGCGCACUGGGCGCCACCCUUGAGAUUGUCCAUAGCGAGACUGGAACAAUCACGGCGGAUCUUAUUCCUUCCAUGGUGCGUCGUGCGCGAGAGAUCGCACAAGAAGAUGGCCAUUACCUUGCUGAUCAGUUCAAUAAUGGUGAUGCCCUGCCUGGUUAUGAAACUCUUGGCGAGGAAUUGGCAGCGCAGUUUCCCGGUGGUAUUGAUGCCUUCUGUGGUACGGUUGGAGGUGCCGGCAUGGUUAUGGGAGUAUCACGCGUUUUGAAAUCAAAGUGGCCGGAUACGAGAGUUGUAGUUCUCGAACCGGCCUCUUCUCCUGUCAUUACUGAAGGGCGCACUGGAUCUCAUAGCGUCGAGGGAAUCGGAAUUGGUUUUGUGCCGCCACAUCUCGAUUCUAAGCUGUAUGAUGAAGCACGAGGAAUCUCAGAGGCAGAAGGUCGUGCUAUGUGCAGGCGGUUGGCUCGUGAGGAAGGUCUACUGGUUGGAACCUCGACUGGUCUUAAUGUUGUCGCGGCCAUUGCUCUUGCCAAAGAACUGGGCCCGGGUUCAGCUUUCGUCUCGUAUCACAUCAUGCUAUUCCCAUGGGGCAAGUUUGACCUGUAG